AGUUAUUUUACAUUAAUGGGAUAUAAUCUUUAAGGCCAAAAUGUAUCUAGAACACCAAAAGUAAAGCUAUACCAGGAUUUUGUAGCCCUUGAGAGUUGAGAGUUGAAACCCAUUUGGCCAUUGGGCAACUAGUUGGCCUAAAGCCCAAAUUUUGCAGGUUCUUACAUAAAUUCCCAUGGUUGCUGACCUGUUUUCGGAACUUCCAAAGCUCUCCAACGGCACACACAAAGACAGCGAUAUAAUUCAGCUUAGUUAUUAUCGAAGCUUUAUUACCAUAUAUAACCAACCAAGGUGUGAGUAGGAACUCGAAAGAUUGAUUGUUCAAGGUUUUCGCAGAUCAGAUAGUUUUUGAUAUUCAACAUAUAGUGAAAUGGCAACUGCGACUUCAAACAUGCAUGUUGCUAUAGCAAAACCCUUCACUUUUGCUUCAUGUGAAGUUUCAAAGCCAAGUGUUGCAGUUUUCAGCAGUGGGAUUAAAGAGGCGCCAUGGAUGAAGCUUAAGAGCUCUUGUCACAUCUCUUCAACACAUGUAAUAUCUCAGAAAAUUACACCCAACACCCUGAAAUUUAACCGAAUUGUCACAAAAGCAAUGUCUGAGUCAAACGACACAAAACCCCUCCCUGGAUUGCCUGUUGAUCUCAGAGGAAAAAGGGCAUUCAUUGCUGGAAUAGCUGAUGAUAAUGGAUAUGGAUGGGCAAUAGCAAAAUCUCUAGCUGCUGCUGGAGCUGAAAUCCUUGUUGGCACGUGGGUCCCGGCACUCAAUAUAUUUGAGACAAGUCUUCGAAGGGGAAAGUUUGAUGAAUCACGUGUGUUGCCAGAUGGAUCUUUGAUGGAAAUUACUAAAGUUUAUCCAUUAGAUGCAGUUUAUGAUUGCCCUGAAGAUGUUCCUGAAGAUGUAAAAGCAAAUAAACGUUAUGCUGGAUCCUCAAAAUGGACUGUUAAGGAAGUUGCUGAAUCUGUAAAAGAGGACUUUGGCACCAUUGAUAUUCUUGUGCAUUCACUAGCUAAUGGACCCGAGGUAAGCAAACCACUAUUGGAAACAUCAAGGUAUGGGUAUCUUGCAGCUAUCUCAGCAUCCAGCUACUCUUAUGUAUCUUUGCUCCAGCAUUUUAUCCCAAUAAUGAACCCAGGGGGUGCUUCAAUUUCUUUGACCUACAUUGCAUCUGAAAGAAUCAUACCAGGAUAUGGUGGAGGUAUGAGUUCAGCCAAGGCUGCUUUAGAGAGUGACACAAAGGUACUUGCUUUUGAAGCUGGAAGAAAACAUAGAGUCAGAGUGAACACUAUAUCUGCAGGACCUUUAAGAAGUCGUGCUGCUAAAGCUAUCGGAUUCAUUGAUAUGAUGAUUGAUUAUUCAUCCGAGAAUGCACCUUUAAUGAAAGAGCUAUCUGCAGAGGAGGUGGGAAACGCGGCUGCUUUUCUGGCAUCCCCAUUGGCUUCAGCCAUCACAGGGACAGUUCUGUAUGUGGACAACGGUCUGAAUGCAAUGGGAGUUGGAGUCGAUAGCCCGGUGUUUAAGGAUUUGAACAUUCCAAGAGACAACAACAAAAGUUAGAAAAUAGCGAGUCAACUCAUUGAGAGCACAUUUAUGUUUUCGCUUUUUUUUUUUAUUUAAGUAAAACUUGUGUAAUGGAUUUUCGGAUAGUUGAGUUGAGUUGGGAUUCUCAUUCGGAGAUAUUGGUAUUAAAACUUAGCUACUCUUUCUUGACUUAAUUCGGUAAGCUAUAUAUGAAGAGAGUAUCUAUUUAAAUAAAACAUAACAUUUAGGUAA